AUCUUUGUUGUUUACAGAAUGUCGUAUACCUACAAACAAUUUAGAAUUAUAACGUGAAUUCUGAAAUAUAUUCUAAAACCUUUGAAUUUCUAAAACCUUUGGAUUACGUUUGAAUAAACCCACUGUGAGAAGGUUUGAAAAUGAGAUUACAAAUUCGUUUAAAUAUGAUAAUUGCUAACCAAAUUCAAUAUUGUUUUUUGCUAGUUUUAUUAUUCAGUCCUAUUGUAGAACUAUCUUUUCGUGAACUGAAAUUAUUCAAAAUGAAAAUAAAAUCUAUAUAGGAACUGAAAAUGUCGAUCAGCAUCGAAUCGCGGUCCAAGCCAAAGCUCAGUUAAAACAAACUUCAAAACAAUGGUUGCUUCUGUAAAGUUCAUUUCUCACCCAAUUGGGUAGCAAGUAACAGUCUCUAUCUAUGAAGCCUGUUCUUUUUCCCAUUUCUAGCAAAUUUGAAAUCUAGCAGUUUUUAAAACUCUUGUGAGUAAAUUUUGGAUGUGAUGUUGGGGUUGGUCUUUCGUUUAACGGAAGUACAGUAUUUCAUCGAUAAUAUUUUGAGGUUUUAUAGUUGCAGUAUUUUCGAACAAAGUUAUAGAGGGUCAACUCAUGGGUCCUUGCCUUUUAAUUCCUUGCCUCUUUAGUCCCUUGUCUUUGGACAAACCAGGUCUCGUCUUGCACUUUUUAUAUAUUCUCGUGAAAUUUACAGGAACAAAUAAUUAAUUACAAAAUGAUACCAACAGGAAGCAUGGAAAUGCUUGACAACCCUGCAACCAUUGCACUUUUUAUGAAAUAACUAUUUAUGAAAGAGAGAACUCUUUUUGGAAGGAUUAUAGAAAAAGCGAUGCCUUAGUUUUUUAGCCAGUUUAAAUUUUAAUGCUUUAAAAAGUACAUUGUCACUGCUCAGUUUAAAGAAAUAUAGAAGCUUGGUUUCCUCGUCCGGAAAUGUAACUCAUAACCUUUUUGAACUGUGUCGGUCAUUUGGUCAUUUCACAAACGUAAGGACACUAGAUAAAAUGUUUACCUUAGUUUUGCUUAACCAGGCCUCAAGGUGCAACAAAACAAAUUCGGAUGAGACACUUACUAUACCUAACAGAACAAAACUUUUGUUGGGAGGACACAUCACUCAAGGAAUACACAGACAUGCUUUGAAGACGAACUGUACAAGAGGGGCCUGCUCCACCGGGAAAGUUUGGAUUUCAAGGCGUCUUCUUUGCCUCUGCUGGCCUCCAAGAAAUUUAAUAACGAGACAAUUCUGUUGUUUAAUUGAGUCUUCUGGUACAGUCCUACUGUUAUCUCGGGUCACUUUUACAAACGUACAGUUUUAGGUGCAUAGGAUAACAAGAAGUAACGCUAAAACAAAGUGCAUUCAAAGGUAAAACCUGAAUAAAGUGCAUCCAAAGCUAAACUAAAUGACACCAGCUCUUACCAUUUUCUUCAAAAAGGACAAUUAAGAUAAACGAGUAAAUACGCUAGGUUUCAAGAGGCAUACGCUGAGUGUGGCAUGAAGUUGGGCCGGGUCUAAUUUUUAAAUGAUUGCUUCUUAUUUGGUUUUUCGUAAUCUUUCUUUAUAGCUUGACAAAAUAUUUAUGUCGUAUUCUAUUCUAUUGACACAAUCUUAUGCUCAAUUCUAGCACCCUUAUUCUUGUCAUACUGAAUUUUCAAAGAUAUGUCGAAAAAUUACAUUUUCUGGCCUUGUGAGGUGCUGAUUACGUGCUUCUCUCGCGAAAAACAUCAAAGGCACAUCAGAAUUCGCCUUUUGGUCUUGUCGUUUGUUCAAGUUACGAAUUACUUUCCGGGGUGUCAUUCCGCACUGAUUAUAGGAACAGUAACAGGAAAGCGCCACAUAUUGGUUACGACCGGCUACCCGGACCUACUUAUUUGGCAGUUUUUUUCGCUUUUCGAUGAACCGCCAUUUUCUUUCGCCUAUAGUACCCUUACCCAGUCUAAAAGAGAUAGAAAGGACCAACUUUCAAAAUAAUGGCUUUUUCUGAGACCGACUGGUUUGAAAUAUUGGGGGAAGGUGUGAAACCCCCUAACACUCCCAAAUUUGCGCCCCUGUUGUUUAUUUUCUGUUGUCCUACUGAUUCAUUUUGAGAGGUGGAGUGCCUAAAGCAGCGGGGUAUUCCAAGGACUUGAUAGAGGGAUCGCAGAUUAGCAUUUGAAGCUCUAGAUGUGACGACCGUAGACAACAGAGCAGUUCCAGAACGAGGAUGGCUACUAAUAUCGGCGUACUGCCUUCCUGAACCAAACUGGCCUAAACAAAUCGAUUGUUGAAAGGGAGUACGAGCGAGUAAGCAAAGCAAGUUUGAUUAGCCAUCAACAAUGCCUAGAUGUGCCCUUGUAUUUCAAAGUUGCCAGAAAGCAUCAACUCUUUGCUUCUCAUUUGUAUAGAACCACCUGCCGAUCAGUGACCUUCCGAUGCCCGGUCAAGAUUUUCGGAGACCAGUGAAUUCAGAACAAUUUCUUUCCUGUCUAAUUUUUAUGUUGCUACCUUGUUCACGUAUAUUGAUAGACAAGAGUUUGUCGUUCAGUUAAGUAAACAAAACACAAAGAAAGUUGAAAUGACCGAAAUAACCAGGAGAAGAUCUUAAUGGAUAAUUGGUGGAAAACUUGAUGCUUUGCCAUGGAUUGGAGGGUCGUCUUCUGUCUCGGAUCGUAUUUCAUUUUGUUAACAGGUUUCUCAAGCAUUGACGGACACCCCGUCCGGAGACAUAAUAAGAAAACACACACACUAACAAGGAAAGCAAAAAUCGUCACAUUGCCGAAGGAUGGGGAGAAAAGCAAGCAGAAAAAAUCUUCUUUUUAUCCCGGACGACCCGCCCCUAAUUUGGCGACGACUGAAGAUGCGAAGAAAAAAGGAACGAUAAGAAUUUCAGGUCCCUGGCAUAGUGACAGCGGCCUAGACAGAAAUGUUGAUCCAAUGGAAGAUUCCUAUGUAAAGAAAAUAAUUUCUACUAACGAAGGCCUCAAUUUCAAUAAAGACAUGGCAGAAGCUGGAGAGGUCUUUGAUGUCAACGGAAUUGAAGAUUUUUACGACAGGAAUGCUCUUAUUACCUACGAAGUGAAUGGACACGAAAUUCCUGUUCAUAUGAAGCAAAAGCUCACUCCGCAAUCCCAGCCCAUGUUUCCAGAGUACGGACAUGAUUCCCCUGUGCCAGAAGCGACGUCAUCUCGUACUGGUCACGCCUACAAUCACCGACGUCCUGGUACGCAUCGAGCAACAACAUUUUACGGUAUGUCACUGAAAGACAUGCCCGAAUACAAGGUUCGUGACACACCGUCGUUGGGAGAAAGACGCCAUUCUGCUCGCUUUUUUGAAGGGAAAUCGCACACGAACGGCCAACAGGUUGGGGAUGAUAACACUUUUUCAUCGAGGCAUAGACUAGGUAACGCCUAUCGACCUGGGAUGUAUGAUUCCAGCACGCCAUCAAUGCAAAGAGCGGCAGAUCCUCAGUCGCAGAUUGAAAAGUUUUCGUCGGAGUAUGAGCAAGCCAACCAAUUUGGCCAAGAAGAUGCUGCUCUCGGCAGUAGAUUUCAAAGUGCGUCCAUGCCCCAUUUCGAAUCGGACAAACAAGUCCAGGCUCCGGAUAGCAGUGUAGCUGGGUUACGUGCACAUUCACUAUUUAACAGGUUGCAUAAUAACGAAGGAACAUUAAGCAGUGAUGAAGGGACAUCAAACGGGGACCUAAACGAGCGUUUGAAAGAAUUUGUCAAUCAAGCCCGGCAUAAGAACCAAGAACAACUGUUAGAAGAGCUGGCACGUUUGAAGCUUCAAAAAGCCCCUUCUUUAUUUGAAAAGCCAUCGCACGUGGAAGAAACCUUUCAAAAGCAUCCCUCGGAGCCUUCAAAGUUUUCAGAGAAGUUGACUCCAGCCCUUGGCGCGAAUGCUCCCGUUGAAGAGUUUUCAAAGGCACAUAGGGUCAGUUCGUUUUUUGGAAAAUCGAAUUCAGAAAAUGAGGAGAGCGCAAAAUCAGCGGAGGUGGGACUCACGGGGGAUAAUAGAGGGAUUGGGAAAGAGUAUGAUGGAACCAAACUCGCACCAGAUGCGGUGCAACCAAGCAAGGAGAAAGAAGAGCCAAAAGGUGAAGAUUCAAAUAAGUUUUUUGAACAGUUAGAGAGAAUUGAUGAGGAAAAGCAGAAAAAUGAAAGGGAUAAUCCAACUGAAAAAUCAGCUGAAGUAACUCUUGCUAGUAGUGUAGAAAAAAUACAGCACUUUAGUGACGAUCAAGAGCGGACAAAGGCAAAGGACAAACUGCUCAAGAUAUUAGGCGAUCUUACUUCAAAGUUAAAGGGGAUGGAGGCAGCUGUUAAAGACACGCAUACGGACGAGAGGAGAGAGAGUCCUUUGGAUUCGCAAGAGAGUAAACAGGAGGCAAUGGAGCAUAGCGUAGCGGAGGGAUCUUACACAGAGAGUAAGCACAAACAAGAGUCGUCUAAAGAAGAAUCGAAAGAGCAGAAGACAGGCGAAGUGGAGGCACAAAUGGAGCAUUCACAUGGGGAAAUGGAGCAUUCACAUGGGGAAAUGGAGCAUUCACAUGGGGAAUUGGAGCAUGCGAACGCGUAUCCGGAGUCGGCAAAGUACCAAGAGGAACGGAUGAUGGAGCAUCAGGAGCCUGGGUAUGAGAUGGAACAUGCUCAUUCGAAUGGAGGAGAUCAAUUAGAUGUUAGCCAGGAUAGAGUUUCUCAUCUUAUUAACAACUUGAAACAGCAUAAUCGACCGUUUAUUUUUAAUACAGAGGAAAUCGACUAUAAAGGGCCAAGUUACGAAGACAAAUCAAGAUUCAGCAGUGACAGUGGAGGUGAAAUGAAAGACCACGUGCAUCUGUCAAAGUAUGGAAGUGACCAGCCUUCUAUCGAACGCCCUAUCAUCUCAUCAUUCUAUGGCGCUCGUGAUUCGAAGCCCAGUGAUGAAUUGGAUGUUCAUUCAUUUCACAAUGAGGUUAACGCAUCUCCUGAACACGAGGUCACACCAACACAAAGAGAUGGUGGAAAGCAAAGACAGAAAGAUACAGAAAAAUUAGCUGAGUCUGAGAAAAAACCCAUUGUGCAGCUGCAUUCUGAAAGCGAGAGCAAAUCAGAUCCAGACGAUGAUUUGCCAGACUAUAACGAGGUAAAAGACGCGGCAAUAUUUGAAGAAAACUUCAUAAGGAAAAAAUUUCAUGCACCUAAUCUGCGUUGGUCUGAUGACUUGUCAGACGAAGCUCAGAAGGAAGCAGAUGAUUUGGCUGACGAAAAUUCGUUGGACCUGGGCAAGAAAAGCGUACCAAAGGGGAUGAACGUUGCAUUAGUCCCAGUUAAUUCAUUGAAUGUUGGAAAAGACUCUGCUGAUUUGUGGCAGAAGGAAUCGACAAAAUUUGAUUUUGUUAGCCCUUAUGUAUCUAAGAAAAAUUCUGAUUUCGCUCAGAUGGUAUGGAAGACAGCAAAAGAGUUUGGCCUUGGAGUUGCAAAGGCAAGAAAUAAAGAGAACUGGAUCGUUGUUGCAAAAUACGACACUCCUGUUGUAUCAGAAUUUGAAAAACUUAAAGCAAAUAUCGAGUCAGAUAUUCCUAUAGCGGACCCUUAUAGUGACAUUGCGCGGCGUGAAAGGAUUUUGAGCAUAAAAGACAGGAACUAAAUCAUAGCUUCACUGUAGUUCCCAAUUAUGGUUUACAAUCAUAAUUGUUCAUGCAAUCUUUGUUCGUUUGAAUGGACAGGCGAAGUUAUCAGAUUCCAAGCAGACGAAGUGUUGAAACGGGGUACCAUGGAAAGUUCUCAUUACCCUUCAACAGAUGGCAAAGAUGGCAAAAUCAUUUGGCACAAAACACUUGGCAAAAACAUAUGGGAGAAACAUAUGUUGAAAAAUAUUUGGCAAACAACAUAUGGCAAAAACAUAUUGUUGGGUUACGGUGUAGAAGUGUUAACUGUAGUUGCUUUGUUCCGAGCAGCCAGCUGUAGGCCAUACAAUUUCAUAUCUGCAAAUCUACCAAUAUUCUUAGGAUUGAUCAACAAUGCCUGCCAGAUGUCUCAGAACAUUACACCAAAUUUUUGUGUAUUUUAUAGUACAUCCACUUCCUCCCUUCAGAGAAUGUUGUUUUAUGAACCAACAUUGUUUUGGUGGACUCUCCUUUUUACCGGAAGCAUUAAUUUUUUCAGAAAAACGUUUUUUAAAAACAUUGUGAAAAUGUAGCCAUUUUGCCAGUUUUUCUAAGAAAUCUUUCAGAUAGAAUCUAAACAUAUUUUGAGUGAACAGCUGUGUUGAGAAAUGCAGACAGUGUCUAUUUUUCGUUGCUUCUACCAUUUUGUUCUUUGAUUACAUCAUUCAUAAUUUUUAGUUUCCAUUCUCUUUGUCAAUUACCGUUGGUACGAUUUUACCUGUUUCUGAUAAUAAUGAAAGUUUUUAGAUACUUACCUGAUCCAAUGUAUAUACCUAACACAUCGCAAUUCGUAUCCAAGUGUAUGAUUUUUCGAUGUCCUUGCAGCUUUGUAUAUAAAUUGAGCAACAGAGACA